AUGGCCACGCUGCACCACAGCAGAGCCGCAGCCACGGCAGCAGCAAUCUUGCGGACGUCCAGCUGGCAGGCGGGGGGCGGCAAAGAGGCGUCCGCCCGCGCAGCGCAGUUCCGCGACAGCGCGGCCCUCAGCCCGCUGCCUGGCUACUGCAGCAUGGCGCAGUUUGGGCCCACCACCGAGCUGUACAGGAGCACAGGCCAGGUCAUCAUCAAGCGCUACACCAAGGGCAAGAUGAGCUCACGAGCCGCACACAAGAUGCAUCGCGAGAUCCAGCUCAUGUACCGGCUGCGGGGCCAGGAGGGGGUGGCCCAGAUCCUGGGCGACUUUGAGGAUGGGCAGUACUUCUACAUUGCCAUGGUGGGUGGUGGGAGUUUUACGAGGGCGGCGACUCUGUACAAGCGGUCGCUGAAGCAAGCCAAGGAGAUGCCGCUGGAGGAGCACUGGAUCUGCACCAAGGUCAUCGUCCCCCUGCUGCGCGUGCUGUGCGUGCUGCACGACCGCCACGGCAUCGUGCACCGCGACAUCAAGCCCGAAAACAUCUUCCUCACAGACACGGACGAGCUGCGUCUGGGCGACCUGGGGCUGGCCAUCCAGCAGCAGCAGGAGCUGCCCUUCCUGCGGGCCGGCACCCUGGACUACAUGUCGCCAGAGGUUCUGUGCAACCCGCUGUCCAGCCGCUUGGAUGAGUCCCGCCACUACACAGCCGCAGACCUGCGCCGCAUCGGCUUUGCGCCCUACAACGAAAAGGUGGAUGUGUGGGCAGUGGGUGUGCUGGUGUAUGAGCUGAUGAGCGGCGGCGCCACCCCUUUCUUCCACGACGAGCCGGAGACCACCCAGAAGCUCAUCAUGCGGUGCGACCUGGCGUCGGUGCGCUUUGAGCGCCACCAGCUGCUCAGCCCCUGGGCCGACUUUGUGCGCACAGCGCUGCAGCGGGAGCCAGGGAGCCGCCCCUCGGCCGCCCAGCUGCUGCAGCACCGCUGGGUGCAGCAGCACCUGCAGGCCAGGCCGCGCCCGCCGCUGGCGCCGCCGCGCCGCCCCUCGCUGAGCCGCGUCGCCUCGCUGCCGGCAAUGGCGCUGUUCAAAGCCGCCGCCGCCGCCGCCGUCUACUCCCCGCCCGACCCGCCAGCUCUGGCGCCUGCUGCUGAGCAGGCACCCACGCCCUGCCCAGCCCCAGCCCCGGCAGGCAAGGCGCUCCCCGUCGGCGGCGGCAGCGGCAACAGCAGUUGCGACGCUUCCGUCCUGGCGCCCUUCCCCAGCACUGGCACAUCCAGCUCUGGGAGCGGCAUCAACAGCAGCAGCAGCCUCAGCAGCUUCGCCUCCCUGCACUCCCUGGCAGAGGCUGCCGUCGCCGCUGCCGCAUGCGGCGCGCCGCCGCCGCCGCCGCCGGUGACGACGACUGCAGACCUGUGCAUGCUUCGCUCCAGCACCAGCUGCCUCACCCUCACUGCGCAGUCUGGCUGCCGGUGCAGCACCUGCCGCCUGGGCCUGGGCAGCAGCUGCCUGGAGUGCGGCGGCAGCGGCAGCGGGGAUGGGGCUGGCGGCGGCGGCGGCUGCAGCGGGGAGGAUUCCGAGAUGCCCCUGGCAGCUGCGGAGCUCUCUGGCGCCGACCCCGGCAGCUUUGCCAGCCAGGCACCAGAGGUGCAGGAGCCUGGCGCAGCUGGCGAGAGCAGUCCAGGGCACCAGGGUGCAGGGCCGCCGCUGGGCCCUCUGUGGCCCUCGCCCUUUGCCUCCCAGCCGCCGGCUCCCCGAGUCCUCAGCCUGCCCUGCCUGCUGUCCCAGGACCAAGCUGGCGGCGUGGCGGCGGAGCCUUUGCAGGCCCGCCCACAGGUGCCGUCGCCGCUCGGCCCGCCGCCGCAGCGCCCCCAGCCGUCACGCGCAUCCUGCGGCAGCCUGGGCUGGGCGCCUCCGCUGGACGGCGCCGGCGGCUCUGUGGCUGGCGGCGGCGGCGGCGGCGAUGUGCGGCUGUCCCGGGCGGGGCACCGCAACCGUGUGGUGGCCUACAUGCAGAAGCAGCGCAUCAGCCUGCUCAAGACGCUGAGGAUCACGCGCCGCUCGGUGGGCGGCAGCGGCGGCAGCGCCGACUCCGCGCGCAGCCGCAGCGGCGGCAGCACCGGCGCCGCCAGCAGCAGCGAGGAUGGCUGCCAGCGCCACGCCUCGUGCUCGGUGGUGCGUGAGUUCCGCUGCGUGGCCACGCUGACGGCGGCGCAGCUGGUGACCAGCUGGAUCCACGUCAGCCUGGCGCUGGGGGAGGCGCGCGACACGGCGGAGCGCCAGCUGGCCGCGGAGCAGAGGAAGAAGGGGGGCGGCAAGGUGGGGCUUGGGUUAGAGGGGAAGGGGCGCUGGAGGGGGCCGGGCCCUGCAGGUGUCUGCUAG